AUGGCUUUGCUCCAUCCUUUCACCAGCCUCCUCCUCCUCCUUGCUGUGCCCCUUUCCCAGGCUGCAAACCAGCCCCCACUGCCCCUUGGCUCCCUGCCUGCCAUCCCCCCCCUGCCCCUCCUGCAGGCCCUGCAAGUGCGGGCACCAGGCAGCCAGGGCUGGCGAGCUGGGCCAGCAAACAGGCAGCCCCUGCGCUACAUGCUGAACCUGUACUGGCGUGCUGCUGAUCGUGAAGGGCGACCGCGCCAUGGCCGCAGCCUGGGUACUAACACCAUCCGCCUGGUCCAGGCCAACUCCCGUGAGCGUCAGCCCUGGGCAGGUCGCUGGUAUGUGCAGCCCCUCACCUACCGCCUGGAGGGCCAACCUGAAGCCGAGCACCUCCUCCGAGCCACUGUAGUCUACCUGCCCAGCCUACCGCUGGCCCAUGGUCACCUGCUCUGCACCUUGGAGCUGGCAGCCACUAGCAAGGCACCCGGGGUGCUGCUCAGCCCUGCUGCCCACCCUCGCCGUGGUUGGGCUGAAGCAGAUGUCACCCCUUACCUGGUGCCAGGGAAUGGUAGCAUGGGGAACCUGGAGCUGCGGCAUGUCUGUGUGCGUGCUGGCCGGGCGGGGGAUCGUGAUGCCCCAGUGGCACCUAGCCACCCCUUCCUCCUCCUCUACCUCAAUGACACACAGGCUGGACUGGCACCUCCAGCAGUGGAGAACCGUCGGCACCGGCGUGACAUGGGGACACUGGCCCAUGACCUGCCUGGCUACCUGCGGGAGCAGGGAGAGAAGAAGAGUGACUGCUCCCUGCGCCCGUUCCCCGUCAGCUUUGCCCAGCUGGGCUGGGACCACUGGAUCAUUGCUCCCCACCGCUACAAUCCACGCUACUGUAAGGGUGCCUGUCCCCGUCUGCUCCGUUAUGACUACCACGUGCCCAACCAUGCAGUGGUGCAGAGCUUCAUCCAUCAGCUGGUGGAUGCCAGCGUGCCCUGGCCCUCCUGUGUCCCCUACCGCUACAGCCCCAUCAGCGUCCUCAUGAUUGAGCGUGACGGUGGCAUCCUCUACAAGGAGUAUGAGAACAUGAUUGCAGAGGCCUGCACCUGCCGGUAA